AUGGCUUAUUACAAGACAGAUAUGCGUCCAGGAGCCGAGCCCUACGCCUUCGUGGAGUUCGACGAGCACGCCGGGGCCUCGACGGCGCUCUCGGCGCUGAACCAUCGCCGCUUCCUGGACAAGGAGAUGAAAGUCAACUGGGCCACUUCGCCGGGUAACCAGCCGAAACAAGACACGAGCAAGCACUACCACAUAUUCGUCGGGGACCUGAGUCCGGAGAUCGAGACGCAGACGCUGAGGGAAGCCUUCGCCCCCUUCGGCGAGAUCUCGGACUGUAGAGUGGUGAGGGACCCGCAGACGCUCAAGUCCAAGGGCUAUGGAUUCGUGUCCUUCGUCAAGAAGGCGGAGGCGGAGAGCGCGAUCGGCGCCAUGAACGGCCAGUGGCUCGGCAGCAGGAGCAUCCGGACGAACUGGGCGACCCGCAAACCACCGGCACCCAAAUCGGAAGCGAACGCGAAGCCGCUGACCUUCGACGAGGUCUACAACCAGAGCAGUCCCACCAACUGCACGGUCUACUGCGGGGGUCUGACCAACGGCCUGACGGAGGAGCUCAUGCAGAAGACCUUCUCGCCCUUCGGCUCCAUCCAGGAGAUCCGAGUCUUCAAGGACAAGGGAUACGCCUUCGUCAGGUUCUCCACCAAGGAGUCGGCCACGCACGCCAUCGUGGCCGUCCACAACACCGACAUCAACGGGCAGACCGUCAAGUGUAGCUGGGGGAAGGAGAGCGGCGAUCCCAACAACGCGCAGCAGACCGGCCAGGCCCUCUCGUCGGCGACGUACCCGUACUACGCGGCUGCGGCCGCGGCCGCGGCGGCGGCGGCGGGCGUCGCGGGCGUCGGGGGCGUCGGGGGCGUCGGGGGCGCCGGUCAGCUAGGGUACUGGUAUCCGCCCCAGUCGUACCCCACGACGGCGACGCAGAUGCAGGCCGGCGGGUUCCUCCAGGGGAUGCAGGGCUACACGUACGGACAGUUCGCCGGGUACCAGCAGGCUCAGUACAUGGGGAUGGGCAUGGGAGUGCACGCGGCCGGCACCGCCGCCGGCUGGGGACAAGGCUUGCCCGGGGGGCCGCAACUGCCCCCGCAUCACGCCACGACGGUCUCGGCGCCCCCGGGGGUGCAGGCCGCCCCCCCGCCACCCCCGCCGCCCGCGCAGAUGAUGGCCUACCCCAUGCAGCAGUUCCAGCUAGCGGAUGAGGACUGGCUGACGCCUAGCCUUCUAGUGUGAUGGUAAGCAAGCACACCCCACCGACAUCAACCGACACCGGCUCCGUCGACAUCGCCACCACCUCCGCCAGGGUCGCCACCGUCGCCGGCGAUGCCCCCGAGUCGGCAACGACGCGACCGACUUGACCGGCGAGCCCGACAAAACCGAAAAAACCGAGAUCGAUAGGAGGCCCCCAUUCGAUCGAGACCCGACCCCCGGGGGGGAUCCCCCCCGCGAUCCGGCCCCCCGAGCGGAUACUCGAAAUCUUCGAAUUCGACCCGCUCGAUGCACUUCCUAUGCCAAAAUCAACCAUCAAAGCUUGCCUUAGAGGAGAGCAAAUCCGCGAGGGAGGUACCGAGACUCUCGGGACACUUUCCCAAGUGAGCGCGAUCGAUCGUGCGACUCUCCCCCGGAGGGCGAUCUCGAGCGAAUCGUUCGCCACUUCCGGCGACGGGGAGGGAUCUUCGAAGGGGGGCGAUAAUUCCAGAGGGGCUUGACGAUAUCAGGGGUCGGGGGAAGGAAACCGAAGAUCCGGAACCGAACAGGGGGACGAAAGUAGAGCACCUCGCGGUGCGAUCAGCCUCGCUAAAGGAGAGACACGAAACGAGAGAGAGAGAGAAAAAAAACAAAAGAGAGAAAGGGAGCGCAAAAAUCAAAUUUUCUAUCGACGUCCGGAAAAAAGGGGGUCCCGGGUUCCCUUCCCAGCACCCAGGAGAGCACGCGAUUCGCACUCGGCACCCUCCGACAUUUUUACGAGAGCGUCGACGCCGAGCGUCCCCGGCGGCCAUCCAGGCCCUCGGUCGGCACUCGAGUCUCCGCGACUUUUUAACCAAAGACUAGAUUUUUUACAAGCGCGCUCCUCAGGGGAAGGGGGGCGAAAAUCGAGGCUCGAGCGCACCCCCGGUAGCUCCUUCGUUAAGCUUUUUAGAAUCCCGAGGUGCUCGAGGGGGAGGUCCCGGUCGCGGGAAAGGGUCGAAAGGAGAGACUCCCUUCGCCGCUCCCUUUGAUUUUAGGGCCAAGCAACUAUUCCCAAAUUACCGGGGGAGCGUAAUUACCGAUGGGGCUAACCCGGAGAUACUUAAAGAAAAAUCCCACACCUAGAGGAUAUCCCUAUCUAAAGGCAUCCCCGCGUUAUUUAUCGGUGUAAGGAAGCCUCUACGGGGCUCACUUCCCGGCUCGAAUAUAUUUGUCCCGGAAAUGGUUUUUCUCGGGAUUCGUGGCGGAUGCUCUUCCGACGAUAGGAAGGGGUUAUGAAUUAUGGGAGGAAAAGGGGAAAAGAGAGACGUCAAUGGGGCCGUUCAGGGAGGGGGGAAUCGAGGGUGAGGAGUUCGACGCUCGAGUAGAUGGAACGAGAGGGCCGAUUCUCUAAAACGGAUCCUCGCAUAGAGCCGUCUCUCUCCUUUCUUUAUCGCGAUCGGUUUCCGUCCCUCCUUUCCUCCCUGGUUCUAUCUGCACACCGGCCCCUUCUCCUCAUACGCCACCCCGAUGUCGAAGCGUUUUGAUUCCGCUUUGAAAGUGGAGCAUCCGCGCACUUGUCCCUCAAAAAUGAAACUCUCAUCCGCGAGGAUAU